AUGAAUGAGGUGCGGAGUCAAUAUAUACAAGAGGAUAUUACCGGCAACAAUGAUGAAUGUAAAGAGGUUGAUGGAAUGAAAUAUGGAGGAGAAGAAGAAGAAGAAGAAGAAGAAGAAGAAGAAGAAGAAGAAGAAGAAGAAGAAGAAGAUGAUGAUGAUGAUGAUGAUGAUGAUGAUGAUGAUGAUGAUGGUCAGGAAGAUGGAGAGAAAGGUGAAAAGGAGGGUGAACAUGAGGAGGUAAGCAGGAAGAGAGAGGCCUGGGGAUUUUGGCAGGAAGAGAACAGGCUUCGCUUACCUGUUUCUGGCUAA